AUGUCGUUCAUUCGCGAAGAAGGGCCUCCGCCCAUGGCCUUUGGAGCGCCUAUUCCCAUGAGGAUCAAGCGCGAGGAGGCCCCGCCUCCUCCUAAGCAGGAGUUCAACUUCAACGAAGCUCCGAAGCAGCCUAACUUCAAGCACGAGGAUGGCGAAGGCCGUGCCAGUCUUCACUCCAUCCCCCAGUUUCAGGCCCCUGCACCGAGUGCCCUGAAGCACGAGGAAUACGCCGACGAGAAGAAGCCGCUUGCGAAGGGCCGCCGAGGCGACCGUAGUCGUCGGGGCCUUCGUCCGGCGCAUCGUGCGGGUCGUCAUCCAGUCCGAAUCAAGAUUUCCACAAUCGUCGACGUCCAACUCCCGCAUGGCCCAGUCUGGAGAGCCAGUUACGUCGCUAGACAGCGACGUGUUGUUGUCCAUAUUAACGCCCGUGUCAACUCCAAAAGCACCUUCACCCUGGAUCAUGACGAGCACAUCCAGCGACAAUCUGAAUGUGCUAUCCCUCUGAUUGCCCGGGCACUCAACGCGCAUCCGGAAGUCCCUGUCUUUCUAGAACCCCGGUCCACUAUGCACCAUGUGAAGGCGCCGGGCGAACUGACGGGCUUUAACUGGGCGUUCGAGGUCGAUGUCUACAAGAAGGAGUUCUACUGGCAAAUACUGCAGGUAUAG